UGCAGCACACGUGUUUUGUGUUUGUACAUGCCAUAGGAAAUUUGCACAUUACUCUCGGAUUUUAUUCAGCUAAUAAGUAGCAAAAAGUUUUAAACUUUAUGAGUUUUAUAAAUGUGUUAAGGACAGCUAAAUAGGUUCAACGUGUUAUUGAAAUUAGCCAGUCAUGUACAUUUUGUGUAAGGGUGGUUGCCAUUUUAGCUGAAAGGAACAAUACAAGCAGCAGGAGGUUUAUGCAAUAUGGCAGCAGUCCAAGAAGAAUGGCGUUGGGCUAAUAAAAGAAAUGUCCGACCGCAGACUAGGAGGCGAAAGAAGUACCCCACUGUUCAAACCAUUACGCCAACAUGCAUUGAAAUCGCUAACACAAAAUUGUGGUUUCCAUUUCCAAAUUUGGAGUAUGCUCGAAGCGUAUCGCUGUCUCGUAAACUGCUCGAGUUUAACUAUGCCUUCAGUCACAACACGAAGGACCAUAAACCUGAGUACCCCAAAUUAUCCCCAGCGCUUUGGUACAAUACGCUGGAACAAUUUAGAAACCGGAAUGCGUACAGACUGAUUGUAGAUCAGCGCCAAAUUAGAAUUACGCAGUUAGUCCGAACCGAUGACCAUGUUAUGAAACAGAAUUUGAUGACGUAUGGAAUUUCGGAAAAUAGGGCUCUGGCAGCCAUUUCACACAUCAAAACGAUGCCGAAACCAAAUUUGGAACAAUGUUUGAAGCAUAUUACUGAAGAUGGACAAAUCAUGGAACCUGGGUCAAAGAUAUUCUUAAUUUGGAACGCGAAUCGUUACUCGACAGACCAGGAUCAGAAUUCGACUUGUAUUUCCCCGUCAGCAGAUGUAACCACUGCUACUUCUUAUAUCAACCCGUUCAAUCGAGGUCGGAAGAUUCGGAAGAUUAUAAAAUCUAAUAAUGUUAAUGACGAUGAUAGUGACUAUGUCCCACCACCAGAAAAAGAACAUGUCCCCAUGGAGCACACCGUGGAGUGGCAGAUGUUGAAUUGGCAGAACCCUAUUUGGCGUGAAUAUUUCUCAGCGGAAGUAAAUGAAAUUUUGAGCAACCGGUGCUUUAGAGAAAUGACGGUGUAUUACCGUACCCAUCGUCGUACCAAUCAACCAUUAACAGAAAAGUUUCUCAUGGCGUUAAAGUUGGCCUUUUUCAAACACGAGUGGUUCAAAGUGGCAAACACAAUUAAAGGUCUUUGUACUACGGAGGGAAUCACUUCGAGAAGAAGUUGGUUAUUUUGGAAUGCUGGCUUUUAUUCAAUAAUACGAUUUGAAAAGACAAUUGGACUUGCUUUAGCUGCGACACGACAACUUGCAAUACAUUUUUCCGAACUAUUUACUCCUCUAUGCUAUGAAAGACGGUUGGGUGUGGAGGUUGCCAUUUGGCUAACGCAAGAAGGACGAUUUUUAGAAGGGGUCAAGUUUUUGAAGGAGAUGGACGAGCUUGGUCGACUACGCAGAUGUCAUGGACCAGGGUAUUCAGAAGAGAUUGGCUUAAAACGUGACCAGGUGGACUUUGUCUUUCAUCUAAUUUUAGCAGUGCACACCUAUGCAAUGUAUAUAAGAGACACGACUUUACAUAAAAAAGGUUUAUUUUCUGGUACGGAAACGGAUCUGCAUCGUUGUGCCGAGGUCGCUCUGUCAGAAUUUGAAAGAUUAUCAGAGUUCGCAAACGAAUGUGAAUCAGAGAUUACAACCUAUCUAGAGCAACUUAUAGAAUUAACAAUUAAAUGCCGCUCUCCGGAAACGGCGAAAAAAGUUUUCGACAAAAUCGUUGUUCAGUAUUAUGGAAAUGCUUACGUUGAACGAGCCUACCUCAAAUUUCUUUCAAAAUAUUUCAAAGAUAUUAAAAAUGAAAUUUCUAAGAACUUGAAACUGAGGAGGAAAUUUCGAUUUACAACCCCCCCAUCUCAUUGGGGACAUCAAGGGAGAUCUAUUGCAACUUAUGUUCAACGAAAACUAGAGGUGAAGAGUAAUAUGAAACCCUUUAACAAAUUACCAAAUCCUUCGUUUUCGGUUUAAUUCACAUUUUGUGUUCAAUUAGUUAACGACCUAAAAAAUAAUAUAUUUUAAACAUAUUUUAUUAUUUUAUAUAAAGACAAAUGGGUGUUCAAUAAACUGUGAAAGAUCGAUUUAUCCAUAA